GACAUGUUAGGCUUUUUGCAGUCGCGUCCGGCCAAAUAUGUACGUGUUUGGCCUGUCCGGCUUUUGUCAGGCUUUUUGUCAGAGUGGCGAUUCGUACGACGAUGGGCGGACGAGCGCCCGACCCGAACGGACAAGGGCGAGCGGAGAGCAAACUAUCUUCCGGCCCGCGAUUCGCGCCGCGCCGCGCGUGGCGUGCGUGAGCGUGGUUACCCCGCCCCGCUGCUCGCACCGUCCGCAGACAGGUUCGCGCCCGUUAGUCUGCCCUAGGAACGCGUGGCGUUUGCGCGUGCUUGGCGUGUGUUCACGUACAAUUAAGUAUUUCAGUUAGCGGCGACCGUAUUUUUGAUCUCUCUAUUAGUCAUGUCGAAAAGAAAAUGUAUAUUUUCUGACAGUUUAAAAAGUCAAUACAAGAUGUUCAAAUCUGGCAAAGAGCCAUGGGACGCAAAAUGUGUAAUUUGUGAUCAAAUAAUUUCCAUUGCUAAUAAGGGCAAAGCUGACUUAGAAAAGCAUUUAAAUACCGAAAAACACAAAAUGAAGAUUCGUAGUACGGCAUCUACAUCAAGAAUUGAUAUUUUCAUGGAAUCCAAUGCGAACUUAAAUCUUCAACGGAGCGUUCGGGCCACAGAAGCUACUCUGGUUUAUCAUACCGUUAAACAUCACGAAUCAUUUAACUCACUAGAUUGCACAGCUCCACUUUGCAAGAGUAUAUAUCCAGAUUCGAAAAUCGCAAAAGAUGUAACCUGUUCCCGCUCAAAAGCUGAAGCUAUCCUAAAAAAUGUUUUAGGCCCAUUUGCCCAAGAAAAUAUGUUAAAAGAAGUGUCAAAAAUCAGAUACUUGAGCGUCUCCACAGAUAGUAGCAACCAUGGUGCUAUUAAGCUAUUUCCUGUGCUUAUACAAUAUUUCAACCCUGAAAAGGGAGGAAUUCAAGUUAAAUUACUGGAGCUACAGGCCUUACCGAACGAGACUGCUGAAACAAUAUCCACUUACAUACACACCAUUUUGACGGACAAAAACUUAUUGGAUAAAUUAAUAGCUUUUUCAGCGGACAACACCAAUACUAACUUUGGCGGUAGAGAGAGAAGUGGGACCAACAGCGUCUACAGUAGACUCAAAUCAGCUACUCAAAACGAUGAUAUGGUCGGUGUUGGAUGUAUUGCACAUAUCUUCAGCAAUUCCGUACAUCACGCAAUCGAAUCUUUACCAAUCUGUGUAGACAGCAUAGUGAUGCAAAUGCACAACCAUUUUGCCAGCUUCACAGUUCGUACUGAAGCUUUAAAAAAAGUUUGUUCAGAAUUGGAAAUUGAUUUUAAACGUAUGCUUAGCCAUUUAAAAACCCGCUGGCUAUCUCUUUAUCCCGCCAUAGAGAGAAUCUUGCAAAUGUACGAGCCAUUAAAGUCAUACUUUCUUUCACUGAGUUAUCCGGCCAGAACAUUGCAAAUGUUUUUCGAAAAUGACUUCUCUGAGUGUUAUUUAUGGCUCUUACAUUCUUUCAUGUCUAUAUACCAAAGCCGAAUCAAACACACUGAAACUGCUGAUAUUUCUGUCAAUGAAGUAAUUGAUCAGUGUUCGCAAGUAGUGGAAAAUAUAAACGAAAGAUUGGAACAAAAUUUUUGCCCAAUGAAAGUGACCGAAAUUUUACGGCGUUUAUCGGAGGCUCGUCGGGAUGAGAUAGAAGAUUUUAAACAAAACAUGAGAAGAAUAACGAUUAUGGUCAGAAAUUACAAGAAAAAGGGAACUAGGAGUGGAGAGGUGGACGAACAGAACCUGGAGAAUAUAUACCGCAAAUACAAUUUUACUGCCGAUCGGAUUUUCAACUACGACGAAUCUGGUAUCUCAACUGUACUGAGCACACCCAAAAUUUUUGCAGAAAAGAGUCAAAAACAGGUGUAUCAUUCAAAUCUUGUAACAAAUCUCAAUGACAGCACAGAUGGUGAAGAGCUUGCAAUAGCUGGUGAUGAGCUUGCAAUAGCUGGUGAUGAGCUUGCUAUAGUUGUUGCAGAACCUGGUGAUGUUUCUGCUCGAACACCUCCGACGACUUUGUCCAGAGAUGUAUCGCCUUCAUUGCAUUCACAACAUAUCGCAUCAACAGUGAUAGAUCUUGAUAACCCUGCACCAUCUACUUCCAAAGUAUUGAAGACGCCUGAAAUGAUAAGGCCUUUCCCGAAAAUUCAAAAACGCACACAAACAAAAAAAGGUCGAUCACUAGGAAAAUCGAGAAUUUACACGGACACGCCCGAGAAGAAUAGAAUUGAAGAAUUGGAAAAAAUCAAAGAGCUGAAAAGAUUAGAAAAAGAACGAAAAAGUAAAGCAAGAGAAAUAAAGAGAGCAUUGAGUUUAUUAAAUGAAGAUUAUGUUAAAUCAAGUAAACCAAAAAGGAAUAAAAUCAAAGAGAUUGAAAUAAAUUCUAGUGACAGUGAAACAAAUAUCAGUCUAAGAGAAAGUUCUGCUUCACCUUUCGACAUGCUUGAAGAAAACGAAGAAGAAGAUGAUCAUGAAGUGCCUGUUGACCCAGAUAAUGUCAAAGAUGGUGCCUUUGUGCUUGGACGAGCAAUUAUCGCUAAAGUCUUUCACUUUCUUCAAGAAGAAUAUAAUUUUAUGAAAGUGAAUAACAGUGACAAAUGUGAUUUAAGUCCUUUGGCUAAUGUACUUAAACGUACUGCGGAAGCAACUGGCGUCUCUGAGCGCACUGUAACUAGAAUAUUGAAAGAAGAAAAGGAGUUGCCGUCACCUUCCUCCAAGUUCACUUCACCCAUGAAAAAACGACGUGAAUCAAGUGACAGCGGUACUGAUGAGUUUGAAAGUAAUAGUGAUAGUUUAAACGAAGAUGAUUGA